AUGGUUUUGAAAACUUUCGUCCGAAGUACCGAAUUGACACAUCACAACUUUUUGAAUUACAAGACAACAAAAAAAGCCGAAGUAUUGAAUUCUGAUUGAAAACGGAAGCGUAGACUGGUUACCUGCGCACUUAUGUGGGAACCAUAUUAGGACUGGGAACCAGAAUAAACAGAAGCAGUGUAUAAAUACCAAAUGACAAUUUUACAACGGAAAAUGUCAAAUAAAAAUGAACGAUUAUUUUAUAAUAUAUCACGAAAUCUACAAAAUGCAGUGUAAGAGAAGAUAUACCCACUUAGUUGUCAUUAUAUUAGCUUAUGGUUUUCUCAUCCUAACUGCCAGAUGGGCAUUCUUCACAGAGAUGUGGACAGUUAUGGGUUCAGAGCCUGAAGUUGACGGCGAUCAUGCGCAUGCGCUCGAUAUUGAUUUUGCCGUUCCUAUACGGUCACAGAGACAUGUCAAAGACAGCGAUACGAUUGCUCAUAAUUCAAAACUCGUGCCAGCAAAACAUAUGCCAUUUAACAUGCCGAAAGUUGCUCGAGUUCUCAAAAGUGACCAUAUAUCCAGAAUCAACAAACGACACCAGCUUUUACAGAAUAUCUUUACAAAUUUUCUACAUCCUUGAGAAGUGAUAGAAAAGCUAAAUGUCUGAAGUUAAAUAUUUGAAUGUCUAGUAGAUGUUGAUUCAGAACCUUUCGGUGUUUUUGAAGAAAAGAAAGCAAUGGAGCCAAUUCAUUAUCACGACGUUAUAUGAAGCAAAGUUAUCUUGAACAAGUUGUUGUCUAGAGGAGAACCGUACUUCCGUAGAGCUUAUUAUUGUGUCGGCUACACCAAGUUAUGAUUGCUACACCAAGUUGUGUUGGAGAGAAGAGAUACAUUAUACGUAUGUGUGAUAUGUUAUUACGUAUCAGACUUGUACGUCAUGUCAAGUGAACUGAAAUCAAUUCAAGUCGAUUCAUAAAAAGCUUUGAACGAAUGCGACUCAAAAUACCAACUAGGUAGACGAUCUUUAGGUGUUUGAUUUUUAAACCCUUUCAGGACUGAGCUACUGGGCUUUUCAGAUUUUCUUUUAUAAAUGCAAAAUACAACAUUGCUGAUUAUAAAUAAUAAAUUCA